AUGUGCGACAACAUGGGGCUCUCGGAAAUUUCGAUCCACUCGGCGAAUGAAAAUGCGGCAAUUAGGGGAAACGUGAGCGCGACAACGUCCUGCGGCCAAAUCGGAGGCGCAAAUCAAUUGGUGCACCUUGCGAUCACCAAGAACGCGAAGAACCUACCCAUCUGGGCUGAUGGAACGCCGUUCGACUACAAUUACGCGGCCUUCAAUAAUUCGUGGAAAACGAGCUGUGCAGGAGCUGUGAUGGCCGCUAACGGCACGUGGACACCAACCGGCUGCGCAGGCGAUACAAAUACCUAUAUGGCCGCUUGUGUCUGCUUGAAAAGGCCGGCCAACUAUGCGGGG